AUGGAGAAAACACUACUAGUCUUAUUCUCUGUUUUAUGUGUUUCUUUGAUCUGCUCCUUCUCUCCGGUUUCCGCCUACGGUAGAAGGCCACUCCGGUUUAAUCUUGAUGGUCGGUUUAAGAUACUGCAAGUGUCAGAUAUGCACUACGGUAACGGCAAAGAGUCGCAAUGCGCAGACGUAUCAGCAGAAGAAAGGCCUUACUGCUCCGAUCUCAACACCACCGCCUUCUUACACCGGACUAUCGCCUCCGAGAAACCUGAUCUCAUCGUCUUCUCCGGAGACAACGUAUAUGGACUAUGCGAGACAAGUAACGUGGCAAAGUCGAUGAAUAUGGCAUUUGCUCCUGCGAUCGAAUCAGGGAUUCCAUGGGUGGCCAUUUUGGGGAAUCACGACCAAGAAUCAGACAUGACAAGAGAAACAAUGAUGAAAUACAUCGUGACAUUGCCCAACACGUUGUCACAAGUAAACCCUCCCGAUGCUUGGCUAUACAAGAUCGACGGUUUCGGUAACUACAAUCUACAAGUCGAGGGUCCUUUUGGGUCGCCUCUCUUCUUCAAAUCCCUUCUCAAUCUCUAUCUUCUCGACGGUGGAGACUACACAAAGCUAGAUGGGUUUGUUUACAAAUAUGAUUGGGUCAAAACCUCUCAACAGAACUGGUAUGAACACACCUCUAAAUGGCUCGAGAUGGAAUACAAGAGGUGGCCAUUUCCACAGAACAGUACUGCACCGGGAUUGGUUUACCUCCACAUUCCGAUGCCGGAGUUUUCAAAAUUCCAAAAACCGACGGAGAUGACCGGAGUGAGACAAGAAACUACGUGUGAUCCACCUGUUAACUCUGGUUUCUUCACCAAACUUGUCGAAAGAGGUGAAGUCAAAGGUGUUUUCAGCGGGCACGACCAUAUCAACGACUUCUGUGCCCAACUCAAUGGAAUCAACCUUUGCUACGCGGGCGGUGCCGGGUAUCAUGGGUACGGAAAGGUUGGAUGGGCAAGGAGAGUGAGAGUGGUCGAAGCUCAGCUUGAGAAGACUAUGUAUGGACGUUGGGGAGCUGUUGAUACCAUUAAAACGUGGAAACGGCUGGAUGAUAAGAAUCAUUCUUUGAUUGAUACUCAACUUCUUUGGUCCAAGAACACAACUGCUCAGCCAAAUUUUGGGUUUACUUGCUCUACGAUAAAGCAGCACUGA